AUGAGUGAAAGGUUACACAAGCUAGACCAGCUACUUUUGCCUCACGACAGACAUCUGGACCGACCGCGCAAUCUUCACGGCGUGAUAAUUUUUCCGAAAAGCAACACUGACGAUCAAAUUGGCGCGAAACUGGAAGAGCUUUUUGACGCUAGGAAUUUUGUCAGGGACAAGUGUGCAGUGCUGAAUCGUGACGGGAAGGGAAAGCUUUGA